UCAGGAUUAGGAAAAAUAAGAGUGAAGGGACAUUUAAAUUAUCGAGAAAUAAUUCAUCGUUUUGAACGUCAAAGCACAUUCCAUGGUAUAUCACAUGCAGCAUUAGCACCUAAUACUAAAUGGAGGAUUAUAUGGUAUACAGCAUUCACUAUUUGUGUCUGUGCAUUACUAUUACAAAUUAUAUUACUUAUUAGAAGAUAUCGGACUUAUGCUAAAAAUGUUGAUCUCGAUUUGAAAUUCGAAAAUGCACCAUUUCCAUCAGUAACUUUAUGUAAUUUAAACCCUUAUAAAGCGUCCGCUAUAUUACGAGAGGAAUCAACUCGAGCAGCAAUGGAUGCAUUUUCAAAUAUUGUUGAAGACGGUGGUACUUCAUAUGGAAUAUCGGCGGCUAUUGAAGCAGCACGCAAUCGUCAAAGUCGGAGAAAACGAAAACUUACACAGCUACAAAUUCGUCGAUAUCAUCAAGUUUAUGCUAAAUGCUUAUGUGAAGUAAAUUCAAUAACGGGUCAGAGGUCAAAGGGAAGUUGUUUUGCGAUGUAUAAAGGUAAUGUAUCGAUUCUUUUUGCUGAAAAUCUACAUCUUUAUUAUCCGACUCGAUGUAUAUGUCAACUCGACUGGGUUUCAAAAACUUUAUGGCCAUGCUUUCCGCAUAAUACAUGGAGAAAGCAAUUAUGUGCACAAUGUUCAGGAGAUCUUGGACAUUGCCCAAUGUUAUUUAUUAAUGAUGAUAAUAAGGCUGAUAAUAUAGCACGUAAUCCUUGCCUAUGUCACGAAGAAUAUAAUCAUUGUAUUGCUAAAAAUUAUUAUGGUUAUAUUAUGGAAAUUGAUGCAAGUGAUGGUGAUUUAACGAAAUUGAAUAUCAAACCGACUGAAACUAUUAUUUCUACAACGACUACCACUCAAGCACCUGAAAUUAAAAAAGCAUAUGGAUUUGAGGGUUUAAAAGAUGAAAUUGCAAUAAAAAGUCAAGCAAAAGAAAAUUUAUUGUUUGCUGUUGGUGAAUUAGCGAAUAGAAGAAAAAUUUCGAUGUCCCAUACAAAGGAAGAGUUCAUACUGAAAUGUUCAUUUAAUCAACGCGAUUGUGAUAUUAAAAGUGAUUUUGCACUACAUUAUGACCAAACUUUUGGAAAUUGUUUCACAUUCAACUGGAAUCGAACAAAACAAGUAACAGCGCAUAGAGCUGGAGCUAAUUACGGCCUUAAAAUCUUAUUAUAUGCGGAUGUAGAAGAAUAUUUACCAACAUCAGAUAUGGUUGGUUUUCGUAUAACCGUACAUGAUAAGUGGACAGUUCCGUUUCCAGAUGCAUUCGGCCAUAAUGCACCGACUGGUUUCUUAUCAUCAUUUGGUGUAAGAAUGAAACAAUUUAAAAGAAUUCCACCACCACACGGUCAAUGUUUUAAUGAGGAUGAAAUACAAGAAGAUGAAUUUCUUUACGAAAAUUUCAAAUAUUCUGUUGAGGGAUGUCAUCGUAGUUGCACGCAAAAAGAAAUAAUAAGUGCUUGUGGAUGCGGUGAUCCGACUUAUCCAGUACCAGAAAAUACUAAAACAUGCAAAGCAAACGAUCCGAUCUCUCGUGAAUGUAUCAAAAAUAUUUCAUUGGUACUUGGACAACUAUUUGCUGAAGGCAGUCUCCCGAAUUGUAAAUGUCAUCAACCAUGCUUCGAAACAAAUUAUGAAAUAACGUAUUCAGCAGCCAGAUGGCCUUCUGGUACUUCUAAACUUAUGGAAUGUGAAAUUCAUGAUGAUUUAUGCAUGGAAAAAUAUCGCAAAAAUGCUGCUAUGAUACAAAUCUUUUAUGAAGAACUAAAUUAUGAAACAAUGACCGAAACACCUGCUUAUACGUUAACAAGUGCAUUAGCUGAUUUGGGUGGUUUAACUGGAUUAUGGAUUGGUGCAUCAGUUGUAAGUCUUCUAGAAAUUGCUGCACUCAUCGUUUAUACGGUUCAAGCAUAUGUUCGAAAGAAAAGAAGUAAAAUAAGCAAUCAGUCGAAUUUAAUGAAUCAACCGAUUGUGAUAUAUCCAAAAUAUUCAAAACAUUCCCUACAACAAGCAAACUCAAUGCAUUUAUGGGAAAAAUCAGUGGAUGGUUCAACAAUAUCACUGAAAUCCAAAAGAUCUUUACUCGAUAAUCCUAAUCUUGAAAUAAUCGUCGACGAAUCAGAAAAAGAAGAUGAACAUAGCUCGCUAGAAGAAGAAGCAUAUCCAUAUUUACCGCCUAAUAGUGAACUACCUUGUGAUUGCAUUUAUAACGAAAAAGGACAACUGAAGAUAAUGAAUGCAUUAUGUCCAGAACACGGUUAUCUGGUACGACGAGGAGCGAAUUAUUUCGUUUAUUUCGAUAGUGAUGAAGAUAAAUCGCAAGAUUCGGCAAAAUCUUCUAAAGAUAAGCUGCGUCAACUAAGAAAAAAUUUCAUAAAGAAAGUUUAUGUGGUACAAGUAUGUAUGCUGAUUAAUCGUAUAUGUAAUACACAAAAGUAA